UAUCAGCCUUUGGGCCACAGCCUCUGUCAUCCCUGAGCGGAUUGUUGUCAAAAUGGAGUUCUUACUAGGCAAUCCUUACAGCACCCCUGUGGGCCAGUGCAUAGAAAGGGCCACUGAUGGAGGCCUCCAGAGUGAAGACUGGACUCUUAACAUGGAGAUAUGUGACAUUAUUAAUGAGACAGAUGAGGGGCCCAAGGAUGCGAUGCGAGCGCUGAAGAAAAGACUCAGUGGCAACAAGAACUACAGAGAAGUGAUGCUGGCGCUCACAGUGUUGGAGACAUGUGUGAAGAACUGCGGUCACAGGUUUCAUGUCCAAGUUGCUAACCGAGACUUCAUCGAGGGUAUAAUGGUGAAAAUCAUUUCCCCUAAAUCCAAUCCACCAACCAUCGUGCAAGACAAAGUGCUGUCUCUCAUCCAGGCAUGGGCCGACGCCUUCCGGAGCAGCCCCGACCUCACUGGCGUGGUUCAUAUCUACGAGGAGCUGAAGAGGAAAGGAAUUGAGUUUCCAAUGGCAGACUUGGACGCGCUGUCUCCGAUCCACACUCCACAGAGGGGUACACCAGAGGUCGACCCGGCCAUGUUGAAGUACCUCGCCCCUGCUUCUCCCCGAUCUCCUAAACCUCCCACAGCUUCACAGUCCACACCACAAAGUUCACAUGUGCCCAGCACGUUCACAGCGUCGUCAGAACAAAUUGCACGGCUCCGCAGUGAGCUGGACGUGGUCAGAGGGAACGUCAAAGUCAUGUCAGAAAUGUUGACGGAGCUCGUCCCUGGCCAGGAAAAUGCCUCAGAUUUUGAGCUGCUGCAGGAGCUGCACAGGACGUGCCGGGCGAUGCAGCAGCGGGUGGUUGAACUGAUCUCCUGUGUGUCAAAUGAGGAAGUGACUGAGGAGCUGCUGCAUGUCAACGAUGACCUCAACAACAUCUUUCUGCGAUACGAGAGGUAUGAAAGGUACAGGUCGGGGAGAGCAGCACAGAACCAUGAGAUGCUGACUGAGGCCACAGAUGAUAACCUCAUAGAUCUGGGGCCAGGCUCACCUGCGGUGGUGACACCCAGAAUUACCUCCACACCCCCUUGCACUCCGGUUGGGGCCACCGCCUCCCCUUCACAUGUACCCCCCACAGCCUCACUGUCCUCAGCACUGGCUGCGCUUGAUGUCGGCGAAGAUGGUGUGAGGGUCGCACCGCCUUCAUCUGGCCAGAACCAGGACGACUUCGACAUGUUUGCUCAGACUAGAAGCAGCUCACUGGCUGAACAGCGAAAAAAUGUUAAGUAUGAAGACCCUCAGGCUCUGGGUGGCUUGGCUUCUGCUUUGGAUGUGAGACAGCAAAACGCUGGAGGGCUGAGGGUAAAAGGGGAUGAUAACCCGGCAGAUCAGGAGCUGCCCAUAGACAGCUGGCUUAUUACCCAAGGAAUGAUCCCUGUAUCGCAGUCCUCUGUCAUGGAUGACAUAGAGGAGUGGCUCUGUGCUGACGUGAAGGGGGAUGCUGGGGAGGAAGGAGUAACCAGUGAAGAGUUCGACAAGUUCCUCGAGGAGCGAGCUAAGGCUGCGGAUCCACUGCCGUCUCCCCCCGCUGCUAGCCCUGCACAACCCGCUCCCGCCCGCUCUGGUGGACACAAGAAAGCAGAGCGGACAGAAGACACCCUUUUUGCCUUGUAGACGAUCCUCGGAGAAUCUCAAUCCCUCUCUGGGAAAUCUUAACGGAAAAUAAUCUUCAGUGGCACAUGAAGUGAUCUCAAACUCUUGUCGCAGAAUUGCACAACAUGGAGGUGAAGUGCACACCUGUGUAUUUAAUCUCAAAUGGAUGUAUUGAGUUUCUUGCUUUGCAUCAUGUCUGUAAUGCUCCACCAAAGGAAAGUUUGGAAUUGUCCCUGCGUGACCAAACAUUGUAUAGAAGCACUUAUUUUUUUGCUAAUAUAUACAUUUAUUUCCGUGUACUAGUGCUGUCCAUAUAGUCGAUCCAUGUAUUGUUUUGUUUUUUUCUUCAAACAGACCAGCAGUGUUUCAGUCCUGUGCAUUGGGAGCACUUUUUAUCUUGAUUAUAUAUUAAGUCAAAUGUUAGCCGACUAACCAGGCUACAUUUAGUUGCAUUUAUUCAACUGUCAAUCUGACCAUUCUCUCAGCGAGUUAGCGUGAAAUAAUUAUUCCUAUUUUGGCUUCAGAUAAUUGGGAAUUCACCUAAGAAACAUUGACGUAAAUGCACCUUGGAUCGUGCCUUGCCAUCAAUUCUUCUUCUACUUUUCAUUGUGUCACUACCUUUAAAACAGUUUGAGGAAGCACACAGAUUGUGUCCCUCAUCACACAACAGAGUACAACUGGGAUCUACUUGAGGGAUUAAGUAGCUUCUCUGGCUUGGUUGGUGGAAAAAGGGACACAAGGAAGAAGUAUUAAGCAGUAUAAAUAUUUUACAAAUGCAUGCUAAAGCUUUAAUAACAAACCAGGUAUGUUCUAUAUAGUUGAUGAAAAACAAACUAAUACUUAUUUGUAGCACCUCCUCCUUUUUUUAAUUAAAUGCCUUUAGAGUAAUAACUUGAAAAAGUACUGAAAUUAUAAAUUAUAAAAAGCAUUGGGCUAGUAACAGUUUCUUGCUAAUAAUUUUUUAAACUCCAAGAGGCGACUUUAAAUACAAGCAGCAGCCGAGCAACACCUGUGGUUUAGGUAGUAGACUGAGGUGGAAAUAGAGGGAUUCUGUGCAGUCUUUGUUUUAUAUUUUUGAAAGCAAUGUUUAGCUGAAACAAAAGGGUGAACUAACAAGUGUCAGUUUUUACAGAAAAAAAGUUGUCCGACGUCUGAGAUAAACUUGUGUUCAGUGGUGUUGUGCAGCAGAAGACCCACCUAAAAAGGGCAUGUGUUGUGUGCGUGUGGACCUGUAACAGUGUUCUGUGCACUUUGCUUUAUAACAAAGAAUCUGCAAUGCAACGUGUAUUCCUCGAACAUUUUGGCUCCGUCAAAAUGUUACUGAAUGUUUAUUUAAUACUGAUGAGGCAUUAUCUCGAACAAGAGUCAGCACGACAUGGAUGUUUGUGUUCCAUGUCUGUAACGCUGUGCUACCUGCCGCUGCCAUUGUUGACCGUCCAUCACUUUGUAGCUGUUUGAACUUAAUCUAACUGCCCAAUAAAACGUUAGCCAUGUGUGAACUCUACGUUCCAGUUGUUUAU